CUAUUAUUUUGCAUUGGAUAUGUUUUUGUUCUAUUUUCUUUUUUUUGAUAAAUUUGUUCUAUUUUCUUUGAUAUAUUUUGGCAGCAUGUUUCAGCGAACUCAUUCUUAUGAAGAAGUAGCACCUAACCCUUGCGUUCCUUUCCGACUCUCUCCAUCUGGAUCCUUCUCCCGCUCCUUUUACUCAGUUUCACACCACGGCUCGUCAUAGAACCAGAUUCUCCAAUAUCCAGACGUCUCCUUUCGUCCGUUGAAUACCUAAGAUACUUUUAGUGUAAAAAUUACUAGUACCGAAGGUGGCAAGGGAUUAAAAAUGUCAUCUUUGAGCUCCGCCAACCUUCGGCAGACACCUGCUGUUCAUCGUUUUGAACUCGGGGAAGGAAUGCAACUCCAGGUUCAUGUGUCUAGAGCUUUGAAUGGGUGUUCACUUAUUGAGAUCCAACUUAUAAACUGCUCGAGUACCUGGAUUCUUCAUUGGGGAUGCAUUUAUAGUGGACAGACAAACUGGCUUCUUCCUGAUAAUUAUCCCAUGGGGACCAAAAUCUACAAGAGCAGUGCUCUGCAGACACCAUUUUCAAAGAGAGGAGACAACUACUUGAUUACAAUUGAGUUGCGGGAUCCCAAGUUUGAUGCCGUUGAAUUUGUUCUGAAGGAUGAAAGACAUCAUCGGUGGUUUAAACUGAGCCAAGGAAACUUCCGAAUUGAUAUACCUAAGAUCGAGGCAUGUGAUUCACAUUCAUCAAUACCAAAGGAUCUGGUAGAACGAAAAGCAUAUUUAAUAUGGGAGAGUAGAGGCAGACCUAAGAGCUCACUUCAAGAGCAGAAGGCAGACUAUGAUUCUGCUUUUGAAGAGAUACAAAGACAAUUAUCAAAGGGCCUUUCCCUUGAUGAAAUUAGAAGUAGUAUAUGUUUGAAUGAAAGGCCUGUCAAGAGGACCUUUGUUUAUAAAGAAACACCCAUGGCUUCAAAGAAUUCAUUGUCAUCUUUUCGUCACAAAAGGCAUGAUGUGUGCCAGUGGUUGCCCAAAAAAUCUUUGCACGACAAUGAAAGCGCUCACUUGCAUCCAUCAACCUUCUUAAAUCUUGUUGAGAAGACAAUGGGAGGAGGAGGCAAUGUCAGCCUGAGACAAUCAUAUAAUAUUGGAAGUAACGAAUUAGUGGUCCUCUUGAAAAGUGUCAGAGGGGAGUGCCACAUCAUUCUUGCUGUCAAUCUGAAAGGGGCUACAGUGCUUCACUGGGGAGUAUCAAAGAUGUCAGCUGAAGAAUGGUUGGUCCCUCCAUCAGAGAUAUUACCGGAGAGAUCAAAGCUGCUAGAUGGGGCAUGCCAGACUUAUUUCAGAGAAACAUCAAGUGGACAAGAAUCAUUUCAGAGGAAUAAUCACUGCAAAAAUGGUAUGAUGGAGGAGUGGCACCAAAAAUUGCAUAAUAACAGUAGCCCAGAUGAUGUUAUCAUAUGCCAGGCUCUAUUGGAUUAUGCUAAAAGUAAUUUUGAUAUAAACGUUUACUGGAGAACAUUGAAUUCAAAUGGUCUGACAAAACGCAUACUUGCAAGCUAUGACCGCCCCAUUGUUUCAGAACCUCAAUUCCAUGCCGAAGCUAAAGAAGGACUUAUUCAUGAUCUAGCAGCAUACUUGAAGACGCUUAAGGCUGUUCAUUCAGGUGCUGAUCUUGAAUCUGCAAUUGCCACUUGCUUGGGCCACACGGGCAAGGAUUAUGACUCUAUGAACAUGGGAAAAAGUCAUUGCGCCAAUUGUUUAUCACCAAAGCUACAGGAAUCGUUAAAAUUCAUCCAAGCACAUGCAGGAGAAAAGAACAUUGGUCCUCUGCUGGAGAAAUUACUAGAAUCACGCAUUGAACUUCGUCCAAUUCUUUUUGGGGCUAGAGGGAGGUUGAAAGAUUUUAUAUACCUUGACCUUGCUUUGGAUUCAGCUGUUAAAACAUCCAUGGAGAAGAGCUUCACCGAACUGAGCAAUGCACAUUUGCAGGAAGUUAUGUCUUUGGUAUCUUUGACACUUGAAAACUUGUGCCUGUCAACAGUCAACAAUGAAGACCUCAUUUAUAUCACCAAGGACUGGUACCAUGCCUAUGAUUCAUAUAAACCUCAUGAUCAGCAGUGGUCCUUGCAUACAAAAGCUGUUCUUGACCGUAUACAACUGACACUUGCUGAUAAGGCCCAAUAUUACUUGAAAAUGAUACAACCAAGCGCAGAAUAUCUUGGCAAAUUGCUUAGAGUGGAAUCUUGGGCCGUUAUCAAUUUCACGGAGGAGUUAAUCAGAGCAGGGUCUGGAGCAACUCUCUCAAUACUUGUUAAUCGUCUAAAUCCCAUAAUUCGAAAUAUGGCAAACCUGGGAAGCUGGCAGGUUAUCAGUCCAGUGGAAGUAUGCGGUUUCAUAGACUGUGUGAACAAACUUAUAGAUGUUCAGAGCAAAGUCUUCAACAGACCAACGAUUAUUAUAUCUAAUAGAGUGACCGGUGAGGAAGAGAUCCCAGAUGGAGUGGUCGGGGUGCUGACAUCAGAUAUGCCUGAUGUUCUAUCUCAUGUUUCUAUAAGAGCUAGAAAUAAUAAGGUGUGUUUUGCUUCGUGCUUUGAUCAAAAUAUUCUUCAAGAUCUCCAGUUGAAGAAGGGAAUGAAAAUUUCAGUAAGACCAACACCAUCAGGCCUAGCAUACAGUGAAGUUAACUCAGUUGGUUCUUUUUACCCACCAAAAGCAUCUUUCUUUCCAAAAAGACUGAUGUUAAAGAAGAAGACUUUCAGUGGCAGAUUUGCUAUCUCAGCUCAGGAGUUCUCCAGUGAAAUGGUUGGUGCUAAAUCCAACAACAUUGAAUAUCUUAGAGGUAGAGUUCCAUCAUGGAUAAAAGUUCCAACAUCGGUUGUUCUUCCUUUUGGAGUGUUUGAAGCUUCCAUUUCAGCAGAGGUUAACAAGGAUUUGGCAAAGAAAAUCUCUUUCUUCAACAGAUUAGUGAAUGACGGAGACAUUGCAAAACUUCAAAUGAUACAAGAUGCUAUAUUAGAAAUGAAAGCUCCUUUUCAGUUGACGAGUGAACUUAAAUACAAAAUGAGAAGUUCAAAAUUGUGUUGGCCUGGUGAUGAGGGUGAGGAAAGGUGGAACCAAGCAUGGCAAGCUGUAAAGAAGGUUUGGGCCUCAAAGUGGAAUGAAAGAGCAUAUGUUAGUUGCAGAAAAGCUAAACUGAACCAUGAUGACCUCUGUAUGGCUGUAUUGGUCCAAGAAGUAAUCAAUGCUGAUUAUGCUUUUGUAAGCCAUACAAGAAAUCCCAUUUCUGGAAACCCCUCAGAGAUCUAUACGGAAAUUGUAAAGGGCUUGGGAGAAACAUUGGUGGGUGCAUAUCCAGGACGGGCUAUGAGCUUUAUUACCAAGAAGUCUGCACUACAAUCCCCAAAUAUAAUCAGUUAUCCUAGCAAAUCUGUAGGCAUGUUUAUCAAAAAAUCACUAAUAUUCAGAUCAGACUCCAAUGGGGAAGACUUAGAAGGAUAUGCUGGUGCAGGACUUUACGACAGUGUGACCAUGGAUAAAAUGGAGAAGGUUGUUCUGGACUACUCAUGUGACCCGCUUAUCUGUGACAAAUCCUACCAACAGUCAAUAUUCAAGAGAAUUGCAGAGGCUGGAAAGAUUGUCGAGGACAUUUUUGGUUGUGCCCAAGACAUAGAAGGGGUGGUGAAAGAUGCGCAGAUUUAUAUAGUUCAGACAAGGCCCCAAAUAUAAGAUUUGUAAUAGAGCCAUAUAGAUCCCUAGGAUUUUGUAUCCAGCUACCUGUGCCACUUUAAUAAUGUAGUCUGAUAUAUGUUAUCAUGCCAUUUGCUGAAUAAAUUGAAAGAACUCCAAGGUGAACAAAAGUUUCAUUA